AUGGAAAAUGGAACCACAAUGAGUGGGUUCCUCCUCAUGGGAUUUUCUGAUAAUCAUGAGCUGCAGAUCUUACAUGCAUUGCUUUUCUUGAUGAUGUACCUAUUAGCCUUGGCAGGUAACCUCAUAAUUAUCACUAUCACAACGCUGGACCAACAUCUCCAAUCCCCCAUGUAUUACUUUUUGAAACACAUUUCCCUUCUGGACAUCACCUUCAUUUCUGUCACGGUGCCUCAGUCCAUUGACAAUUCUCUGAUGGACAAUGGCUAUAUUUCCCACAGUCAGUGCAUACUUCAGGUUUUCUUCUUCACAUCUUUGGCCUGGGCUGAGGUGGCCAUUCUCACAGUGAUGUCUUAUGACCGCUAUGUGGCCAUUUGCCUCCCACUGCACUAUGAGGUCACCAUGGGUCCAGGAACCUGUAAGUGGGCUGUGAUGGCUGUUUGGCUAAGUGGAAGCAUCUCUGGAGUCUUGUACACAACUGCCACAUUUUCUAUCACAUUCUGUAGGGCCAAAAUCAUCCACCAGUUCUUCUGUGAUGUCCCUCAGUUGCUGAAGCUCUCCUGCUCCAAUGAUUAUGUUGGAGUGGUUGGAGUGGCUUCUUUCAUGUCUGUGAUGGCAUUCAUCUGUUUCCUUUCCAUUGUCCUCUCCUAUGUCCACAUCUUUUCCACAGUUCUAAAAAUACCCUCUGCUGAGGGCCGCUCCAAAGCCUUCUCCACCUGCAUGCCUCAUCUCUUUGUUGUGUCAUUUUUUCUCUCCACAGGAAUUUUUGAGUUUCUAAAACCAACUUCAGAUUCUCCAAGUGCUUUUGACCUUAUGAUAUCUAUCUUUUAUACAGUAGUGCCUCCAACACUCAACCCUAUUAUUUACAGCUCGAGGAAUGAGGCCAUGAAUAGAGCUUUAGGAAAGUUACUGUUGGGUGAAGAAUUCAUCAGGAAAAAACGUUUUUGCCCUGUUGUUGAUGGCUGUCCAAUAUUAUACACAAGGAACUUUUUAAAAUAA